AUGCGUUCCCCCGCCAGCACUCAUGAACGCCAGCUCCGCAAGCGACCGCGCCGUGAAGAAGCGCCACUGGUCGACAGCGGACACCGUUCAGCUGAUGGGCGCGAAAACAAUCGAGACGGGAGAGGGUCCGUCAGCUGCGCUACAGCAGGGAUGCUAAAUGGCACUGGUGAGAACCAGCGAGGUCCCAGGCGAAGCAGCCGCAAGGGAAGACGCUCGGUGGAGGCCGACGGCGAUAGUGUCGCGAGGGCACCACAGAAGCGACCAGUGUCAGCCCGGGCUCCCCGACGUGCGUCCAACAGCAAGGCGAAGAAACGCAAGCAAGGCAGCCUGCCAUCGACAACGAGCGGAGUACGACGGUCCAAGAGGCGUCGUACCGUCGCCACUGCGGAACCAGAUAUUCCGGCGGCCGCACCAGCACGUCGUAACACGCGUGGCAGCCGGAAGCGACUGCGUUCCACUGCUACGCUUUCCACCAGUGCGAGCUCAAGGCCCGCGGCAAAGAAACAACGCCGCUCAAGCAACGAACCUGCGGCGCUCGAGACUGGCAGGGCGGGCCUGCGAGCCAUCGGACGAACCCGCGGAGAGAGAUUGCGGCCGAUGAAGAUGUCCAAAAAGCGAGGCCGCGAGUCGGUCGGUUCGGGAAGCAACACGCACAAGAAAAUGCGCUUCGAUCUCCAUAAAUGA